AUUUUUCCUGGCAGUAUUUUUAAAUGAAGAUCAGUGCAUUUCCGUAUGUACGGAAGAGAUCUAAAUUAAAAAAGAUGAAUUUAAAAUACUUGAUAUUGUUAAUAUGUUUUGUACAAGUGCUACAUUAUUGCAACGCAGCUGAUAAUUCAUCGUUCGUAGAAUCGGAAAGGUUGAUUCCAAACUGUAAAUUUAGCGUUGACAAUGUAGGAUUUAUUUUAUACACAAGGGAAAAUCCAAAAGGCGUUUAUGUCAAGGAAAAGAAUUUAACGAGCUACGAUCCAUUUAAUAAAGCUCGACUAUCGCGUCCAGUUAUAUUUAUUAUACAUGGUUUCCUUUCAGCUCCAAAUGAUACAAUUUUGAAAAAUUUGGCUAAAGCUUUAAUAGAAAAAAAUGAUUUUCUUGUACUUUCGCUCGAUUGGAAAAAGGGUGCUUGCGAUGGUGGACUUUCGCCUCUCGAUUACGUUGCUUAUCCCAAAGCCGUUGAAAAUACUCGUAGCGCUGGCAAAUAUGUUGCUGAAUUUACCAAGAUGUUGGUAGAGAAAUAUAAAGUAUCGAUGUCAAAUAUACGAAUAAUUGGACACAGUUUGGGCGCACACGUUUCUGGUUUUGCUGGAAAAUACGUUCAAAAGAUUCAUUUAGGAAAGUACAGUGAAAUUAUUGGGCUUGAUCCAGCUGGACCUCUCUUUAGAUGGAACAAAUGUCCGAAUAGAAUUUGUGAAACGGACGCAGAAUAUGUUCAAAUUUUACACACAUCAAAAUUAAAAGGAACUACGACACGACUUGGUACCAUUGAUUUUUAUAUAAAUUAUGGAAGAGAUCAGCCUGGAUGUGGUAUUUUAAACGAAUCUUGUUCUCAUGCAAGAGCCGUGGAAUACUUUACUGAGUGUGUAAAACAUCAAUGUUGUUUAAUUGGAACGCCCUGGAAUAAUUAUUGGAUUGUAAAGCCUUUUUCGCAGUGUACAAAAAAAACUUGCGUAUGCGUUGGUUUAAAUGCAAAGAAAUAUGCAAGUAGAGGAUCAUUUUAUGUACCAGUUGAAGCCAAUCCUCCCUAUUGCCAUACUGAGGGUUUGAAGCUUGAAUUAUAACAAGAUAAUUACUAUUAAAUUCAAAUAUAUGUGAUAACGAGUAUAAAUAAAUAAAUAAAUAAAUGAUAUCAAUGAAAAGAAAUAAAUAAUAA